AUGGCGCCAGUCAUUUUCAUCGUUCCUGGUUUGUGGGAAGGCCCUGUAGCCUUUCAACCGCUGAAGAAAGCACUCGAGAAUGCCGGCUUAUCCGUCUACACCACACAUCUUGUUAGCACCGGCUCUACAGCCGCGGACGGCCUCACAGUACAAGAUGACACUGCUGCUAUUGCCCGAGACCUUGCUGCUACCGUCGAGAUGGCCGGAUCGGAUGGUGUUGUUGUCUUCCUGCAUUCUGCAGGUGGGUUUCUUUGCAGUGCGGCUAUGAAAAAUCUCACUGCCGCUUCAAUGCAUGCUGCCGGCAAGGAGGGUGGUAUCAAACGCAUUAUUUUCAUGUCAUGUGCGUUUGGGCCGGAAGGAUUUGAGACUAAGCCAACAUCAACAAUGCAAUUCUUCAACAACAGCUACUUCACAUGUGUUGACCCUCGAAAUCUUCUUUUCAACGACAUGGCCGAUUUAGAGGCUACAAAAUGGAUCGAUAAGCUGCAGUGCCAGCCAGCCAAAUGGGACGGAGUCACAACAUACUGCGGGUGGCGGGAGGUCCGCAGUCAUUAUAUUAUUCUCGAGAAAGACAAAGCAAUCCUGCCUGAGGUCCAAGAGCAAAUGGCAAAAUUAGCUUCCAGCAAGAUUGUCCGUUUAGAGGCAGGGCAUAUGGCCCAGCUGACGAAGACGACCGAAGUUGCCGAAAUUAUUAUGGGGAUCACCACAGAGUUAUGA